AUGAGUGGAACAUAUGAAUUGUCGUCAUGGCAGGCUGUGUCCGUUGCCACUUCAGUGUUGAUAGCCCUCAAAGUCCUUUUAAUUCCAACUUACACAUCAACCGAUUUCGAAGUUCAUCGGAAUUGGAUGGCUAUAACGCACAAUCUGCCGCUUUCAAAGUGGUACUAUGAGUCAACAUCAGAGUGGACUCUUGAUUAUCCACCAUUUUUCGCAUAUUUUGAAAAGUGUCUUGCCACUGUUGCUUACUUUUGUGGUCUUGAGGAUAUUUUAACUUUGCAAAAAGGAGCUUUAUUCAACAAUCGAGUUUUAUAUUUUCAACGACUUUCAGUCAUUGCGGCGGAUAUUUUCUACGUGGAUUUUGUCAUGCGUAAUCUUCUGCUUCGCUGGUUCACCUCGAUGGGAAACUCUUCCAAAGAAAUUGCAACCAAAAGCCAGGUGAGGUCUUUAUUUUAUAAUGCUUUGCAUCGAGCUCAAUUACAUUUUCAUUGUGUGGAAUCUUCUUCUUCUUCAAGAAUAGCCGCCUUCGUUGUGCUGUCAUGCCAUAGUGGACUUCUAUUGAUAGAUAGUAUCCAUUUCCAAUAUAACGCUAUGCUAACUGGCCUGUUUAUUUUAUCAAUCUAUUUUGCGGAUUGUGAGAAGUUCUUGCUUUCAGCUUUACUGUACUGCACUUUGUUAAAUUUCAAACAUAUCUACCUAUAUUAUGCGCCUGCAUACGUCGUUUUUCUCCUUCGAGGCUAUUUCUUUCGUUGUUUCGAUGAUCUCCUGGAGUUUACCCGGACUAUAAGUUCAGGAAUCAAACUCGCCACGGUUAUGGCUGUUCCCUUUAUUUUGUCAUUCGGGCCAUUCAUUUAUGCUGGAGGUUUACGCGGGUUCAUCCAGAUACUAAGUCGGCUGUUUCCUGUGUCUAGAGGUUUAACUCAUGCUUAUUGGGCUCCCAACUUCUGGGCCAUUUACAAUAUCAUCGAUCUUAUGCUGUAUCGUUUGCUGUCGCUGUGGAAGCCUCAACUGUUCGUAGCUCCAACAUAUAGUUCUGGGCUAGUUCAGGAGUACGAGCAUUCGGUGUUGCCCACGAUAACGCCGCUGCUGUCUUUGAUGUGUGUGCUCAGUUCAUUUGCCCCAUUAUUCGCUACCAUGUUCAAAAAGAAGUUGCCGGAUUUCUGUACGCUGCUGAGUCUCAGCAGCUUUUCAUUUUUUUGGUUUGGCUAUCAUGUACACGAAAAGGCAGUGCUAUUAAUAGCAAUUCCCCUGCUAUGUGUUGCUUUCACGGAUCCGAAAUUCAUUAGAUUGGCUGUUCUGUUCUCCAUAAUCACUGCUACUUCUUUAUUUCCAUUGCUUUUUACUUUGUUCGAAGUUCCGAUCAAAUAUUGUGCUUCAGCGACAUAUAUGGUGAUAUUGUUACUCAUGAUUAGACAUGUUUUUCGAAUCGACAUUCAGUCACUGAUGAUAUUACCAACCCUGGUUUACGUUCUUGGCCUGUUCUUCAUCGAGUUUUAUGCAACGUUUUUACACCAGGCUUUGUUCAAAGCAAGUUUGGCUUUCCUUCCUUUGAUGAUGAUAUCAGUAUAUAAUGCUGCUGGUGUUCUAUUUUGUUAUCUGUGGCUCAUUCUUUUGGUUUUCGAUGAUGAUAUUGGGGUGGCUUAUAAGAAGAAGCAUUGUGAGCUGAUUGAGGGUUUCAUUAGAGCAGGCCACUACCCUGUUCAAACAGUGGAAUCACUCGAAGAAGUUGAAGUCGUCGGCGGCAUAGAUAUCUCUGCUUCUAAACACAACAACGGUUUUGCAGUGGUGGCCUUCAGUGUUUUUGAAUACCCAACUAUGCGGCCUUUGGCGGUUUUCGAUGAUGUUGUUGUGAUAACGGAACCGUAUAUUACCGAUUAUCUUGCUGUACGCGAAGCGAAUCCAGUGGCAGAUUUUGUGAAUCAAGUUCUCACGGACUAUCCUCAGUUCCGUCCGGAUGUCUUAUUAUGUGACGGGAAUGGACAGUUCCAUAUAAGGAGAUGUGGGCUAGCUUGUCAUAUUGGGGCCCUGACUGGUAUUGCUACCGUAGGAGUGGCAAAGAAUCUCAAUCUUUCCUUGCUGAAAGCUGCAGGAGCUGAAGACGACGUUCUAAAGGCUGCGGAUGAGGUCAUUGCGAAUGUCUCUUCACAAACCUCUGAUGGGUAUACCCCAUUCGAUGUGAUUUUACCUGUGCUGAUGAACGUCACAAGGUUAGGGGGAUCGAAGGUUCCCGUCUUCGUAUCUGCAGGGUACGGUAUUGAAUUGGACCUUGCAACGCAGUUGGUAAUCACGACAGCAAGGAAUCGAAUCUGUGAGCCUAUACGUAGCGCAGAUCUCCAUUCGAGAGAGAAAGUACGGGAAUAUUUCGACAAUUGA